AUGUGUGAGCAUAUCAUUACAGAUGCUUUCGACCAAAAUACUGAACACAAUUUUGAACUAGAAUCUGAAUUUUUACAAAACGAUGUUGAAAAUGAACCGGAUGAUAUUAUAGACAUAGUAAAUGUUUCUGAUAUUUUAACUAUCACUUCCAACAACUAUAAUAAAUAUUCUGAAGACAAUGAUGAUUUGGAUAUAAUUCUUUCUAAUCAUAUAACAUGCUCUGCACACACUCUCAAUUUAGUUGCUACCAUUGAUACUUCAAAAAUUACUAAUAAUCAAUACGAAAUGUUAUCUAGAUCUGCUUUUGGUAAAAUGACAGCCUUCUGGAAUUUAGUAAGCAGGAGUACAAUGGCAUCAGAUGUAGUUUUUAAUAUAUCUGAUUCAAUUAAAAACAACAGAAUGGAAUUUUUGGAAGAAUACAUUAAAGUUAUGCAGCCUUUGACAACAGCUUUGGAUAAACUGCAAGGUGAAAAAUCCUGUUACCUUGGUUAUGUUGCUCCAACUAUUAUAGCAAUUAGACGUAUACUAUUAAACCAAAGCCAUUUGACCUAUUGCAAGCCAUUGUCUUUAUCUAUUAUAAAAGGUCUUGAAAAACGAUACUCUUUUAUUUUUGAUUUGAAUGAUCCUAAAAUAUGCAAUGAAGUUAGUUCUAUUAUGAAUACUGAAUCUGGACCUUCUACCACAGACAAUGAUAUUGGCGAUGAAUUUUAUACACCAAUUUCCAAUUCUCAACUAAGUACAUCACCAUCAGAAAGUUCCAAUCAGUAUAGAUGUGAAAACUUGGCCAGUGUACAAGGAUUAUCUUACUUGAAUUCCAAAAAGAAAGAUGGAAAAGAUUUAAUAAUUCUAGACCAUUAUCCAAUAGUAAAACAUAUAUUUUUAAAAUACAAUACUACAUUACUAUCUUCAGUACCAGUUGAAAGGCUCUUUAGCAAUGGAACUCAAAUUUUAACUCCAAGAAGGAAUUGUUUGAGUGAUAAGGCGUUUAAGAUGUUAAUGUGUUUAAAAUCUAACAAGUUUAAUGAUCAUUAUUGUCAGUUGGUGGACGGAGAUUAUGGUGGGGAUCAGCACACACGGUGGGUAACGACUGACGAAGUAAACUGUAUUUUAUGUUUUGUGUAUUUUUUUAUAAUUAUUUAUAUCAUAGACUAUGUCAUGCUAGUGCCGCAAAUAGCAACCACGGCUGCUGUAAUCGGCCAAGAGGCAGAAAACGACGUUCAAAAUCCGUUGCUGGAAAAUGAUUUAAAAACCAAUGAAAGCGAUAGAUCCACUACAACUGAUCAAAAAAGUUCAUGUAACAACGAAACACCACCAAAAACAUUGAACACAGUCUUCAAAAUAAUUUCAAAAGGAAAUUAACUUAAAAAUCAAUAUGGAUUCUUAAUUCCGAAAUUGGCAUAUAUUAUGCUAAAGGGUGGUUUGUCAAUGAAUCCAUUCAGACUUAUUAAUUUUUUACCGUAUAUCAUGCUAGCAUUGCAAAAGGCAAACGCACCUCCAGUGGAUGAGCAAAGCAGCAAUCAAAAACUUGAACGCAACCACAAAAAUUUGGCAUCGGUACUCGAAUAUCCUGAACUGUUAAGAACAAUUUUUUCGAAAGAUGACAGCAAUAAAUUGGCAGUUGAUUCGUUAAAACUUUUGGCAGGCCAAGAAGCUAGUGCUGACAUAGAUAAACUAAUAGACGAUAUAGAGACCCAUGCGACCGAUAUAAAAGACGGUAAGAUUGGGAUAAAUGGUCAACAACUUGUUGACAUUCUAGAAAAUUCUGUAACUUUCAAAAAGUUAUUCCAGACGGACCAACUUACAAUUAAAAGUCUGAAGUACAUGAACGCUUACAUGGAUUCUUAUUUAAGCACAGACGUUAAAGAUAUAAAAAAUGAAGUCUUGACUGAAAUGCAAGACAUAAAAAAUACUACUCGUCAAAAAAAUCAAGAUAUGAGUAAUAACUCUGUCAAAGAAAUGGUACGCGGAACAUUUUCAGACGGUGUAACAGCUUUUUUCAAAAUCGGGCAGAACAAAAUUAAUGAAAAGUUACGAAGUUUAAGUUCAGACGCUGACAAAAAUGUAGUUGAUUGGAAAGAAAUGUCCGCUCCAAGUACCGGAAAUAACGAUUCUCCUACUUCAGUAGGAUUUAAAAAUACAAUUAUAAAUAAUUCACCGGAUGUAGUUUUGAAAUUAUUUGCUACGGGAAGCGUAAUCAAGGAUAGAUAUGGUCAUCUAAUUCCACAAUUAGCAUCGUAUUUUUUACCAGUUGGUUUAUCAAUGGAUGCUUUGAAAUGCAUGUGUUUAGUAACUUAUGUUAUACUUAUUGUGAAAAAAGAAAAUAUGAUUCUGGAAACAGGAAAAGACAACGUUUCCGUACCAGGGUUAAAUACCGAAAGAAUAAUUUAUAUACUCAAUAAUAAUGAAGUGAUAGCGAAAAUAUUUCCACUCGAUAAUCAUUCAAAUGUUAGAGUAGAAAUUUUAACAUUCUUAGGUGGUCAAGAAGUCAAUAUAAUAGAUAAUCUUGUCGCUGAACUAAAAAAGUUAAAUUUAGCAAAGGGAGGCGAUCCUGCUCAAAACAAGUUAACUAUAUUUGAUGUAUUACAAAAUAUUGAGUUAUUUAAAAAGUUAUUUGCAAUGAAAGAGUAUGCAGAUGUGAAAAUGAAAAGUUACUUUGGCGUCGACUUCAGUCAACUUAAAAACGAGAUCGUAGAUGAAAUGAAUAAAAAUGAUAAUCAGGAAACUAGUAUUUUCAGUCCUGUCGUUCCCAAAUCAGUAUCCAACGCGCUAAUGGCUGUAUAUAAGGCCGGCGUAAGAAAAGCAAAUGACCAAAUGGGAAGUGUUAAUGUAGAUAUCCAAAAGCGAAUUGAUCAAAUGACAACUCCUGGUUCGUCUGAAACUGAAAGUACUGCAUCGGGAUUAUUUAGAAAAGCCAUAAAUAUGGCACCCAAACCAGUUCUAUGCCGCCUAGUUGGAGGAAAGAUCGUGGCAAACCGAUUCAAUAGUUUCUUUAGGAAGACAAACAGUGAUGCACCAACUAACAGCAAAGUGGCUGUUACACCAUACAAUUGAAAAUGUCAUAGAAAUGGAUUUUUAAAAGAGUUUUUAAGUACGUAAUUUAUUCAGAUAAAAUUUGAGUCAUUUUUCUUAUUAAAUGAAAAAUAUCAACAUUUAACUUAAUUUUUAUUAAUUAUUCCAUUUUCAUCAACUAAUUUUUUUAAAAUUAUAUUUUUAAUUAAAUCAAAAAAAGUUGUUAUUAUAUUUAAUGGAUGUA